AAAAUCCAGAGUUCAAAACUUUGGAUUUUAAAAACUAAUGAAUGCACAACUGCAAAUUCUAUAUCCAAUGGCUAUGAGACGUUAUCUAGUAUGUUUUAGCAUACUAACGUGGCUAUCAUUGCUAACAACUACCCAGUCGGUUCGCAUAACCAAUCUUAAGGUGCCUCAUACCUACACACUGGAACGUCACACAGAACCGGAACCCUUGGUGCUAGACUGCGAAUAUGAAUUGGGGCCACGCGAGAAGGGCUUUGUCCUCAAAUGGCUAUUCAAUAAUCAUUCCAUAUAUCAGUGGAUACCCUCCGUAAAGGGUUAUGCAAUGGGCGUCUUGAAAUCAAAAAUCAAUACGGUCAUCUAUCCGACAGAGGGUAGUCCGGGUGUGAUAUCAAUACGUCGACCAGACUGGAAUAUGACUGGCGAGUAUACGUGUUUUGUCCAGACCUUCGAAUCGACAGAUAAACGAAGUAGCCGUCUACAAAUAAUUGUUCCUGAAUCGGAUUUUUUGCUUGAAACCAAAAUGGAUGGAACGCGAGAAAAUGUCGAAGUAAUGUGUGCCGUUCAAAAUGUAUUCCCCCAGCCAGUACUAUACGUAAACAGAUUUGAUACAAAAAUAUUGGAUUCGGUAUUAACGCAAAUGGAUCAGAACGCGAGUGGCCUAUAUAGUAUGACAGUUAGAACGCGUAUACCUAGAGAUAAAUUUGAAUCACCCACACCGAUUACAUGUUCAUUUUACCUGCUUGGUACCAAUUACACUAAAAGACGGGAAACUAUUUUCUAUGAUAAAGCAACAAAUAUACAACGUAAAUGGACAACAGUCGCUGUAGUCAUGUCGAUCGCGUCAUUAGCUUUAAGCAGUUAGUUUGGAUAUUUGUAAUAAAAAUUUAAAAAAAAUUAAAAUAAUGAAAAAAUAAUAAUUUAA